AUGAUCACCUCAAGUAGUGCGCUCUCACGUCUACCCACGGAGAUCCUCGCCAACAUUUCCUCCAUCCUCCAACGAUCCCAUUCCUACGGUUCCUUGUCCUCUUUCGGUUGUACGUCCAAGUACUAUAACACAAUCACCACACCUUAUUUGUACAGACAUAUUGAAAUCACAGAAACCCACCUAUCAAGGAUGUUAUACUCCAUCUCAAGCCUUGACAAGCAGACCUCACCCGACUGUGCAUGGCCCAUUGAUUAUCCGAAUUACCCUACCAACCUCCGAUACACCCAUAAGAUCACGUUGAAGAAAUGCGAUUACCCUAAAUCGAUCGAAGAGACCACGGAAAUAUGGGGUUUCCUGAAUGAUGUCAGGUCUGAUAUAUGGUCCAAAUCUCCUUUUAUCGAAUUACAUACCCUGGUGUUAGAUAUCCAAAGCAAGGAUAAAUGGGCUCAGUCUUUCAUUAGGUCUAUCAAGCUGUUAGGUCAGUUCGUAACGAGGGGAAUCAAGCAUCUAUAUGUUAUGUUCGAAGAUACUCAGGAAUCCGCAAUACCGGUGCAGGAUAAUUCCGAAUGGAUCAAGUGGAUUGGCCCUUUCUCAGAUCAUUCAACGAAAGUUUACAUACAACAUACGCAAUUUAGCUCAUUCCCCCUAUAUCAUCAUCAAUUCAACUACGAGACGAUGAAUAUUCAACUACCGUACAUGCAAGAUUCACUCGAAGAAGGGAUUCUCAAGGCCGAGUUUUAUAGAAGCAUUAUAAGAGCCGCAAGAUCAAACCCUGCAGAUAGUCGUAUUGUUAAAUCUCUCAAAGUUGAUAUACCGAAAGCUCCCUCGGAUUAUAACAAUACCAAGGUGAAGCCCUUCGUAUCAGAAUUAAAUGCAUGGAUCGAUCGAUCCGUUCAAUAUGAUAUAACGGAUCGGACACUGGCACAUAGAUUCCUGGAUGAUAUUCAAUGGGUAUGUGGGGAAGAUGCAGUUAAGGAAGAAGAGGGAUGUAGCAUCUGCAAGGGUGACUCGGAAGUUUGCUAUUGA